UGGAUCUAAUAUUUGGUGAAAAUUGACACACACUUAUAUAACAUCAAUAAUCAAAUGUUCAACUUUGAAUUUCUAAAAUAGGACUAGGCGAACUAGAAAACCGAAAAUAGGUGCAUUACGCAACAAAAAAAAAAAAAGACACUGUGUGACCGCCUACCUGGUAAACUUGCAACAGGUCGAUCCGAUGGUGUGUGCGACCUGUUUUUCUCUACGGAUCAGGGUCAAAACGGGCCAACCAACCCAACCUUGUUUGACCCCCUUCCAUUAUUCAAAUUCAUCUUCCUGUCUCAUUUUUAUCAUAGCUUUUUUCUGAUAAGGCAGGCAGCGUGGGCCACCAAUCAUAUGAAACAUUGCAUUAUUGCAUCAUGCAUCUUCCCUUCCAUAGGGAAUUGAAACUGCAACUGGGUCAGGCCUUUCAAUUCAUUCAGUAAGGGAGAGAGAGAGAGAGAGAGAGAGAGGCAUUUAUAAUCCGCAGUACAGCCAUGGAGUGUGAGUUUUGAAAAGCUCUGCAGUAGCCAUCGUCAAUCAACCCGAUGAGCAAUAUUGUGUUAACUUUUGCUUCCAGACUGACAACGAAAUGGAAAUUGGCACCUUGCUUGCUUCAUUUGGUCGCUAUAAACUUUGGCUUCUUCUGAUACUGAAUGAAUGACUAACACACCUAACAAAAGUACCAUGUUCACUCUCUUGUACUGCACACUAGUUUUCCCUCUUCUCUCUGUGAUUGCAUCUUUUCCUCCAAUGACAUCCCACUCUCACUCAAGGCUGUCUCACAUACAUAACCAUUGCAUUUUUUUUUUGGUCAGGACCAAGAGCCUCAGGAGGAGGAGGGAAGCCAUUGCACUGGACAUCAUGCAUGAAGAUAGCAGAGGAUCUAGCAACAGGACUCCUCUACAUCCACCACAACUCACUAACCCACGGCAACCUCAAAUCCUCCAACGUCCUCCUCGGCCCCGACUUCGAAUCCUGCCUCACCGACUACUCCCUCGCCGCCUUCCAAGACCCAAACUCCCCCGACGAGCCCAGCGCCGCAGCUCUCUUCUACCGCGCGCCGGAGGUAAGGGACGCGCGCAAGCUCCCCACCACCCAAUCGGCCGACGUCUACAGCUUCGGCGUGCUGCUGCUGGAGCUCCUGACGGGGAAAACACCCUUCCAGGACCUGGUUAUGCAGCACGGCGCCGACAUUCCCACCUGGGUCCGCUCCGUCCGUGACGAAGAGACGGAUUCAGGGGACGACCCGGCUUCUUCGGGCAACGAAGGUGGCGCCGAGGAGAAGCUGCAGGCGCUGGUGGGCGUGGCGAUGGCGUGCGUCUCGAUUCGUCCGGAGGAUCGGCCGUCGAUGAGGGAGGUUUUGAAGAUGAUAAGGGACGCGAGGUCGUCGGAGGCGCAGGUGGUGUUGUCGUCCAAUAACAGCAGUGACCAUUCCCCUGGGAGGUGGUCGGACACCGUGCUGAGCUUGCCCAGAGAAGACCAUUUGAGCAUUUGAUUGGAGAAGGAGAUUGAUUUUAAUUUUCUUUUCACCCUUAUUCAAUCUUGGUCCCACGGCUUGCAUUUUCUUUGUGCUUCAAUUGUGUAAUUUUUUGGUUCCUUCCCAUUUAUCUAAUUCUUCUUCCCAGCGGUAUUUAAGAGUACUGUCCAUUCAUGUAAAUUUGUUCUGUUUAUUUUUUUCUUUUGUUUUCCCUAGCUAAUCAUUUAUUCAAUUUCCCUAGUUUUGGGUUUAAGUUAAAAAAAAAUUUGAAUCUGA